CGCGAUCCGGGCGUCCUUUCGAACGCCGCCUUGUUCUCUGCUCACCGCGGCCAGUUUGAGUGGUCCAAAGAGCUGGGGGCAACAUGCUCGCCAACUUUAACCACCGAUAAUCCUUUUGACGCACGGGGGGCAGGGCUUCCAUCACCUGGCCGGCUCUGGCUACAUCUACGAAAGCAGAGAAAGAAAUUUGAAGAAGGAACCAUGAAUUCACCCUCCAAGAAUGGCUCACCCCUCUGCGAUGGAGAAUUAGAGCUGUCACCAAUUGACGGUCUGACAAGAAAUCUUACGGACAUGGCAUGGAGCCCUGCAACAUCAACACAAACACCACUGUCAUCACGUCUGGCUGGCGAGGGUGCCGGCUUUGCCCUACCGUUGCCAAAAUUUCCAGCUGCGCGUAUUAUGAAAGAAGAGGAGCCCUCACCAUCCCUACAAUGUUGUGUUCUCAAGGAUGUGUCCAACCGAACGGACCUCGGCAGGCGACCGUGCGGCUGGAGGCGCCGAUUGCUGGUCGUGGGGCAGCGUGAAAGUGAUGAAGGAAUACAUUCAUCUGGUAGCUUAGCCAGCAGCUGUGGCUCACAGGAAAAUGCAGCCAGCAAUGGUUCAGACUCAAGCAAGAAGUCAUCUGCUGAGAGUGCAUUCUGGGAUGGCCACCGAGGACUGGAAGGAGCAAGUGUUCUGGAUUCUUCUUCCACUACUGGCAGUGACGAUGGUUUUGUGUCAAGCCUUGAGGACUCGUUUCAGGAACACGAAUCCCAGCUGCCUCACUCUUACGACAAGCUUUUCAAUUCGCCCCUCUUCCAUACUUCUAUGCCAACUUCUCAUGCCAGUGAUAAAGAAAAUGUUCCAAAUGCCGACAGCAACUUGACUGGCCGUGUUCCUCAGUUGGCUUUCUCUUCUGCACAGGAGGCAGCUGCUGCCACGCCUGGCACAUUUGGCUUGCCGGAGCAUCCCGCCAAUGCAUUGCUCAGCGUAUGUCUCCAAACCAGUGCUUUCAAACGCCCGGUGUCACCAGGGGACCAGUUAUCCCCCCCAUCGCAGAAGCGCAGCAAGGGCAGUCUUUUGCAGAGAGUCACCAGCUACACUGAGCCCAGCUGUUCCUUAAAGGUGAUCAACUUCACCAGGUCCCUCUCCGACACUGAUGCCUCUAUCAAGAGUGCAUUACAGAAAUCUGCCGACUUUCCUGAUCUCAUUGGAGAUUUUACAAAGCCUUAUGCCUUGCCUUUGGUGAAGGGAAAGCAUCAUGAUCUCAAGAUGAUACUGCCAUCCACUCUUGCUGAUCUCUUGCAAGGAAAGUAUGUCUCUGUUGUGGAUGAGGUCACAGUAAUUGACUGCCGGUACCCUUUUGAGUACAAAGGAGGGCACAUAAAGGGUGCCAUAAAUGUGUACCGCUCAGAGCACCUGAUGUCGGAGUUCCUGGAGAAAGCCACAUCAACUUCUGAUUCACGUCGAGUAUUGGUCUUUCACUGUGAAUUUUCCUCAGAACGUGGCCCAAAGCUCUCACGCUUACUGCGUGAAAGGGACAGGCAAAUCCACUUUAACCAGUAUCCUGCCUUGAAGCAUCCUGAAAUAUAUGUUCUUGAAGGUGGCUACAAGGCAUUCUAUGAGGAAUUCCAGGACUUGUGCACGCCGCAAGGCUAUGUUCCAAUGCGCCACAAAGACCAUGAGGCUGACCUGCGACUGUAUCGUGGUAUGGCCAAAACAGAAGGCUCAUCUGGCAAGUCUCGCAGUGGCCUGCAGAUUCGCUCCCUAAAGAACUUCUAGGCACUCAGGCCAUUACUUGUACUCUUGGUCGGAUGCGUUCAUGCUUUACUCUGCCAGAGGACACCUGCUGCCAAAAGCCAGCCUCUUGAGGCCUAAGCACAGUUGCGAAGCUGUGCUUCAUGUGUACGACAAUUAAGGAUCAUAAUUUGGACUGCCAUCUCCUCUGCCUUUAGUGAUACUGUGUUCUAUUACAAUGGGCAUUUUUAUUGAGCGGUUUCUGGAAGCAUGCUUGUUUUGGCUGUCACUUGUUUUAGUUUAUCAUGCCCCUGUCAUUUGAUGUCAUAGAAGUUAUUCUUGCAUAUGGGCAGAGUCACUUGCUAGCAUAGGUCAAAGCGGUACAGAAAUGUUUUAGCAUUGUCUACAUUCACUAAAAAGGCAUUGUGCAUUUUGCUUUUAUGGUUUGCUGCUCAGGGGUUACGCAUGUAUUUAUUGCUUCACAAAUAUCUCGAACUGUAAGCUCAUUUGGUGGGUUGUUCUUAAGGCUUAGGAUACUUCGCUCGAUUUUACUGGCUUCGAUGCAUGACACUGGCAAUUGCUUUAAGUCCUUAAGUCAGCCGUCACUCUUAUUGCCAUCGAUAUUAUGACGUUGGAAAAUAAGAUGGGUUUUCAGAAAAUUCACGGUGAAUAGAUUGAAAGCGCAUGUACGUAUGCACAAAUUAUUUUGUGUAUUAAUAAAAAGCUACACUGAC